CGAGGUCCUGACGAGGGAGCAGUGACCGAGGAAGAGGAAUAUGAUAAUAAGUUAUGAUGGAGUUAUUGCCCUGAACGCUCUCUUUGGACUGUACCAACAAGACCCGCGAGCUGGACCAGGCCACGCGCUCAACUUCACUUAAGAACUAACGGGAUUUGUUUUUACUGCGUGUUUCUCUCUGGGAAAUAAAGCUUUGGAUAGUCCUUCCUGUUACAAAGCCGGCGGUUAUAUACAAAGUUUCUUUAAUAUUUUGAAAAAGUCCAGUUCAUGCUUCUGAUAACACCGUAAGUAUGGAUUGUGUCGCGGAACGGGAUGCGGGAUUUCCUGCACCGCAAAGUUGCGGUCACACGCGGUUAUUAGAUAUUUAGGUUUACUAAUGCGUACUGGUGAGAUCUGAAACUUGUCGUAAAACACUGCUUGGCUGGACUGAAUGCUCCUUUCCUGCUAUUCUUCUCCGCCUCGCAACGCUUCCUGCUUGUGGUGGCCACUGCACUUAAUGGCUAAAAAUACAUAAAAACUCAAAAUGGACAGCUACAUGUAGAGAGAACCAUAAUAAUUCGGUAUUUUACAACAAGCUGUGGAUAGCUUUAUUUUUUGUCCCUACACUUCACUUAAAAAUCAGAUCUCAACAGGUGGCAAUUUGAAUGAGGGAAGAGAAGAGCUCAUUUACCCAUAAUGAGGUGAUUCAAGAGCCUCUUAAAUACAGGCCCACUAAAAUGAUUAUGUGCUCAAACCAUGUUGGGAAACCACACAUCACUUGAACACAGAGAAUCAGUUCAGACAGUGCUGCCUUUCUGAGCUUUGAAACACUUCAAACAAAAGCAAUCUCGCAACUGAUUCUGUAUUUUCGAGUGGAGAGAUUAGCAUGUAAUGUCAAGACGAAUGAAAGACAUUUACUGUUCAGUUAUCUGUGAAUCCUCUCCUGCAGCCCACUUGUUGGUCGAGCUUUUGAACACAUUUCACUGGUCCCUGAUGAACCAACAAAAAAGACAGGAAAGGGAGCGAGGCGCCAUAAAGUACUCCUUUGUACUUUAUUUUCAAACCCUUGGGGUGCAAAAUCAGAUCCAGUCAAAACAUCUGCUUGAGGCUCCAUGGAGCCACUGAAGAACAUAUUCAGUCGUGGUCCACUGUCCAACUGGAAAAAUUUGGAUCAAUCACAAAAAGGGAACUUCACCAACCCUGUGUGGACGGCCUUAUUUGACUAUGAGGCGUCCUGUAAAGAUGAGCUCACCUUGCGUAAAGGUGACCUGGUGGAAGUCCUGUCUCUGGACUCUGAGAUAUCAGGCGAUGAGGGCUGGUGGGCAGGUAAGGUCAACAACAAGGUGGGCAUCUUCCCAUCUAACUAUGGCUCCUUCAAGCCAACUGAAUAUGCAAAGCUGCCGGGCACUGCCGUGGUAGGCAAGCUUACCCCGGCCGUGGUUAGCCAGUUCGAACCCGACGUGCUGGAUUUCCAGGAUCUGAAACUGGAGGAGGUCAUCGGGGUCGGGGGCUUUGGAAAGGUGUAUCGUGGUACAUGGAGAGGCCUGCUGGUUGCUGUGAAGGCCGCACGGCAAGACCCGGAUGAGGAUAUCAGCGUGACGGCUCAGAACGUCAGGCAGGAAGCACGUUUGUUUGCCAUGCUCACCCACCCCAACAUCAUCGCCCUGAAAGGCGUCUGCCUGCAGGAACCAAACCUGUGCCUCAUCAUGGAGUAUGCCUCUGGGGGGGCUUUGAGCCGGGCUCUGGCAGGGCGUCGCAUCCCGCCCCACAUCUUGGUCAACUGGGCCGUGCAGAUAGCCAGAGGGAUGUUGUACCUGCACAGCGAGGCCAUCGUCCCCGUCAUCCAUCGGGAUCUCAAGUCCAACAACAUCCUCCUGGCUCAGCCCAUAGAGAAUGAAUGUAUGGAGGGUUUGACGUUGAAAAUCACAGACUUCGGCCUGGCCAGAGAGUGGCACAAGACCACCAAGAUGAGCACCGCCGGCACCUAUGCCUGGAUGGCCCCUGAGGUCAUCAAGUCCUCUACCUUCUCCAAGGGCAGCGACGUUUGGAGCUACGGUGUUCUGCUGUGGGAGCUGCUAACAGGGGAGGCCCCCUACAAAGGGAUUGAUGGACUCGCCGUCGCUUACGGAGUCGCUGUCAACAAGCUGACCCUGCCCAUCCCUUCCACGUGCCCCGAACCCUUCGCUAACCUCAUGUCAGAGUGCUGGGACCAGGACCCCCACCGCAGACCCAGUUUCAGCUCCAUCCUGUCCCAGCUGCUGGCCCUGGAACAGCAGGUGAAGGAAGAGAUGCCGCAGGAAUCCUUCCACUCCCUGCAGGAGGACUGGAAACUGGAGAUCCAGGACAUGUUCGAUGAACUCCGGGCUAAAGAGAAGGAGCUGCGAUGCCGCGAAGAGGAGCUGAAGCGAGCAGCUCUGGAGCAGAAGUCUCAAGAAGAGUUCCUGCGGCUGCGAGAGCAGCAGCUGGCCCAGUGGGAGCAGGAUGUGUUCGAGCGCGAGCUCAGCCUCCUCAUCCUCCACCUGAACCAGAACCAAAACCAGGAGAAACCCAACGUAAAGAAGAGGAAGGGCACCUUUAAGAAGCACAAGCUCAAGUGCAAGAAUGGCGAGAAGAUCAGCCAGCCUCAAGAUUUCAUCCAUAAGAUCACGGUGCAGGCGUCCCCAGGCCUGGAGAAGAGGCGUAACUCCCCUGAUUUGGGUUCAGGCUCCUCACCCUCUUUUCGCCGUUUCCGUGCAAUCCAACUCAGUCCCAGUGACAACAACAGGACGUUUGGUCUGAGCCCAGUCUUUCCCAUAGAGGCCCCUUCUCAUAAACAAGCCAAUGGGGACCUGAGGGCUGGCCCUCACUGGAGGCCCCAGAGCCCCAAAAGUCCUAAAAGCCCCAAAGUCCUGCGGCUCAGUCCCCAGGAAAGCAGUCUAUCUAUGAGGGCCAAGCUACUGGAGUCAGACAGCAACGAGGGGGGUGAAUCCAAGGAUGACUUUGAGGAGUACAGACCCUCCGAUCCCAACCCUCCCCCCGCUCAGAACGGCGCCUCAGUGAAGGACAGCCUGCGGCUCCCUCUACCUCAGCGAGACUCGGUCAGCGAGGAGCGGGGUUCCUCCCCGGCUGGCUCCCCCAGGCCUGAGAGGGGUGGCCUCAUUAAGAGCACCCACCGGGCCAUGCUGGGCGGCGGCUCCCUCCUGGCCUCUAUAGGACUGGGUCGCUGCCUGGAUAUUCCCCCAAGGGUGCCACCUCGAACUAACCUCCCUUCCCUAGAGUGCCACACCCCCUCAGAACCAGAGAUCUCCCUGCCUAUGCCCCUCAUUUCAGACCCCCCAGUGGUGGAUGAUCUCAUUACCUUUUCAACAUCGGAGCAGCUCCCCAGGCCGCUCUUAGAGUUAGCUAUGCAGUACCAAGAACUGAAGCCCUUGCCCCUGACGCCGCCUCCGCCGAACCCCCGAGAGAGGAGCGGCCGACGGACGCCGCAAAUGCCUCACAGCCCUCAGAGCCCCCGGACACCCCUGCGGCACAGCAAGGCCAGCCCAGUGGAAUGGACCCCAAUUUCCCAGGCAACUAACGGGGAGAUGGGCUGUGAGUCCUGUGAGCACAGAGCUGAGCGGAGGAGGAGGUCCAGCCAUGGCCUGCACGCCUCCCAGCUAGUUUUGGACCUGCCCUUGUGCCUGGAUACACAGGACUCUGAUGACAAGCCUCCUGUGCCCUCUCCCCUCCACCCUAGCCCUGCCCUCUCCAGCCCCAAAACCCGACGCCUGGAGGUCAGCGUCAUCCCCCGCCCUCGCCCGUCCCCCAUCCGCCACCGCAUCGAUCCCUGGAGCUUCAUCUCAGCCGGCGGCGGGAACUCGGGUGGCCGCAGCCCGCACCGCUUGGACAGCAACCCUCUGGGCUACCAGCCUUCCCCCACCAACCCUUUCACCAACUGUGACCCCUUCCCCUCACCGGACUGCGACCCCUUCGCUCUAAAGGCCGAUCCCUCGUGCGGCUCGGACACGGCUUCUCCCUUCGACCCCUUCUCCACUCCCUUUCCCACCUCCCGUUCUGCCCCGUGCUCCACUAACGGCUCCCCCACGCUGCCCACUUUCCGUAUAGCGCCCCUCAACCCAGCCGACUCGCCCCUCAUCGACCUGGGCUGGGCGGCCAGCAGCAAACCCCUGGAUGUUACCAAAGAGAGGGCCCACCCCCGUAAGACACUGGGGCUCAAACCCUUCAAGUCACCAACGCAACUCAGAGACGAUAGGUUCUAAACAAGAGGCAAGUCCGGGGGCUUAUCACAGGAGCACAGUCCAGGAACCUCUCCACUACUUUGUCCUCCAUCUUCACAAACAUUUAGAAUCUUUAAGAUAAAACUCACACGCAUCAAUCAACCCACUGAGUGCGUUUUACCCCAUGGGAGCCGCAAUCACUGCAGGUCCUAUUUAUACGCCAGCCUGCUGCUUCGGAAGCCAUUGAAAGGCGGUGCUUUGUAUUGUGGGAAAGCUGCCUUUGAACCAAAAGCUGGUGCGCAUUUCAUUUUCCCUCUCUAUUUGGGUUUCUCUCUCCCUUUGAAGAGGCAGAACACAGAUCACUAGUCCCAUCUUCCGAUCCUAUCAGGCUGCUCAUAUCACCUGCUUUCAUCUCCCGCCUAUCUUUGAAGCAUUGUGACAAUGCAGAGGUGGAUAAGGCGCCUUGCACAGCUUCAUCUGCCUCUACCUCUCUGCAAACUUAAAGCAUUCAGGACAAUGGAAAAUUGGAGUGCCUUAUUUCGUGAAGUGUUUUUAGUAUAUAUCUUUUCAAGAUUCCUUGAAUGAUUCAUCUGGUGCGUAGGGAAGAUGCUAUGAAUUUGACUCAAAUUAGCAAAUCAGCUUACUACUGCUGUGGAAGAAAAUGUCGUCUACGUGUAUGUGUGUGUGUGCAUGUCUAGACUCUUUGUUCGAGAAGAGCUUAUGUUUAAAAAAAAUCAAAACAGCAUCUGCCUGUUGUAUUAUGGGAGAAAGUGUGGAUAUUCUAGGCCACUCAUGAAAUCCAAGACAAAUUCAUGACCCAGACAUUCCACUUUGAAGCAGAUAAAAUUCCAGUGACGUUCCCCUCGCGAUGCCAGGGAUUUAUUCAGCUGGCAGGCGACACAGCACAGGAAACGAGCCGGGGGAGCCCUCUGCAUUCCCUUCACAUGCCAAAGAAUGCCACUGUGACAGUGUAGGGGCUGGCACACAUAGUGUUUGCAAAUACAUUGUUUUUACCUCCACGGAGAACCAGACAGGUGGACUUUGCCACACUGGACAGUACAGAGAGUUGACUUUAAAACACUUUUCAUCUCCUUUUGAUGUCAUCCAGUCUGUCUUUUCACUGCCCGUCUGAUGCUGUAGGAAGGUUCAUCCAAAUACAUUCAUUUGCAAAUAUUACAAAAUGUAUGGAAGCUUCAUUUAACUUUUUAUUUAUUUGUACAGUCCAGCAGAGUAGUAGUAGCCUUGCAAAGCCAGCCUACAAUUUGGCAGUAUCUUUCACUACAUAAAAUGACGUUUAUCUCCUUUACCCUAUUAUAGGACGUUGGAAAACCAUUGUUGUUAUGGAGUGUUAAUUAUAGUCUGAAAUUAUCCACCAAUUGUAGUUAAGUUAAAUAAGAAUAUGUGUAAAAAUCAUGCUGCUUUUUUAAUCUCUUUAAUUAUUAAGAAAUACUUAGACAUUUUGGGGAUUAAUGUGAUUCCCUUUUCUUGUCAUCAGUGGAAAAAGUACUACUCCUGUAUCACUCUGUUUUAUAUGAAGCUAUAGCUAGUAGCUGGUUAGCUUAGCAUAAGAACUGGAAGCAAGGUGAAAGGGCUAGCCUUGUUUUGUUUAAGUUUAGCUUUUACUACAUCAUAUCUUUUUGUUUAACAGCAGUGGCUUCCUGGUGUUUUGUCAUGACUCAGGUAGCCAGGUUACCAGUGAAAUACCAAGAAAUGAAAGCUAGUAGAUAAAGUUAGCUUUGAACAGAGCGAGAUUAGCCUUUUACCCAUGUUUACAGCGUUUUUGCUAAGCUAAGCUAACAGUCAAAACAUAGGCUUAUUCACAUGCCAGCCAGGCUCUAUCAAAUCUCAGCACAUGUGUUUCAGACUUGCUGCCUUUGGUGUGUGAGAUGUAGGCUGACAUUGCAAGGCUAAUGUGUAAUGCUAUACCCUUGUCCCUCACAGUUUUUUUGUGUUAAAAGUCCGACUUAAACCAUUUUAACAAUGCUAAGAUCUGGUAGGAUCCCGUGAAUAACUGUGAUAGCAUGUUGAGAUACUUUUACAGCAUAGAAGUUCAACAUUGAGCAAUAAUACAGGAAGAAAUCCAUUGAAGAGACGCUGAAAUAUCAAUUAUUCCACCAACAGACAGAAUGCACUGUAGCAACAACUUGCCCUUUAACUUUAUUUCAAAAUUAUGAUCAUAGAUUAUUGUUAUACAUACUUAAUAAUCAGGCAAUUUCUCCAGGGGUUUGCAGCCACAGAUACUUCACAAAAUAAGUCCACCAAUGGCUUGGAUAUCACAGAUACAAUCCAGAUAUUAUAAUCCACCAAAUUGUAAUGGCACUCAACCAGUUCUCAAGCAUGCAGGCAACUGAAAGAGACCCACUAAGCGCAAACUCGUCCUGUUCCCUUCGCAGGAGCAUUACGAGGUACAAAUACUGAUUGGCUUCAUCACUGACACCGUGUCAUUGGAGGACAAUAAAAGCUUUGUUUCGACGAAGAGUGAAAACCUUGUCUCCAAAGGGGGAGAGCUUUGUGAUUAGCCUAAUAAUCCUUCUGACGAACAGAGGAGGCUGAUAGCGAUAAUUAGCCUCUUGAUAAGAGUGGGGAGCAUUAACAAAGCGUUCAGAUAUUUGGUUAAUUAAUUUUCCCCAACGUUAGGAAAAAGCGUCCUCGCAAGGUAUAUUGAAUUGAUCACUGCAUCAGCUUAUGUCUCGAUUUAAGCCGUGCCCUUUUUUAUGCAUAAAGUUUCAAAGACGGGGCGAGCUAUCUUUCCUUUUUGUUUUCUCUUUUAUUCUUUUUUGCCACUGCCGACCAGAUGAAAUCUUCUCAAUCGAAGCUCACCUUCUUCCUCGUCCUUUGCUUUCAGGUCAUGUGGGGAGAUUUUCUUUCUUUCUUAUAUUUAUCCUCUGGAAAGUUUUCUCGCAUGCAGUUUUGUCCUGACUCAGCUACAGCCAGGUUUUCAUCCGAGGAAAAAGAAAUGGCAUUAGCAGAGGAGUGCUCAUUUUACAGAGGCAAUUGCAUUUGUUUGAAAUGGAAACAGGAGCUUUAUUGAAUAUAUCUAUUGAACGUUAGUGUGUCUGUUCAUCAACUGCUGGACAAUCAAAGCAAUAUCAAAAGUAACAAAGAGACACGGUGCUUUUAAAGGUCUCAGUAUGCUUCAACUUGAUGGUGUUGUCCAACCAGAUCUAAGGGCUAAAGUGUUUAUAGCUGUUUGAAAUGGCCACAGCUGAAGUUGGGUGAAGAGCCUUUUGUCCUUUGCUUGUAGUGUUGCUAUUGUCAGUUGUUGGGUCAAAAGUGACAAAAAGAGAGCUUAAACACCGCCUACUUUCCUACCGCCAAAAACAUAGUGUACAUUUGGAUAGACCUGAUUGACAUUUUGUCUCCUUUACCUGACGAAUUAGAAAAACCAUGCUGAUUGUUUCCUGAAAAUUAUCCACCAAAUGAUAGAAGUCUAAAGGUAAUGCUACAUUGCAUCCCUGUUUAACUGUAAACGAUUAGUUUAACCUUUUGGGGAAACAAGUCAUUUACUUUCUUGUCGAUGGAAAGAAAAGUUAACACCAAUAGUUAAAAAGUCUGUUUGAAAUUAAGCUAAAGCUAGAAGCCAGUUAGCGUAGUUUAGCAUGGUUCUGUUAAAAGGUAAAAGGAUCUGUGAAAGAUCAAUUAGCGACUUUCUUUUCUUUUCUUUUGCUUAACUGUUAGGUGGCUAAGCAGCCAGUGACGGAGCGAGGUUAGCUGGCUAGAGGUUUUCUGCGUUUAUGCUAAGCUAAGCAUUGGUGAUGAUGAUCAUGCAUCAAAACGUUUUUCUAGAUGCUGUUAGACAAACUGACAAGCACUUAAUUUAAACUUCACCCGUGAAUUCUUUGUUUAUGAUGUCUGAUUGGUACAGGAUCAACAAAACUUAAGGUUGACUAUCUUAUGUUGGCAGAAAAAGUGGCACCGGAUAGAUUAUUUAAAGUUGUAGGUUUGAUAUAGAAUUUGUCUCUCAGCAGUGUUCCCUACCUUCCUCCUCGCUCCUGUCCUCGUCACAAACAUUUUACAGAUCUGACAAGUGAUGAGUUAUUGCCUCGUCUCUCGGUGUCAAAACAAAAGCCAUGAGAGUCAUCUUGCGAAAGUCAUUAGUCUAGGAUGGCUGUUGUUGUCAACAGAGCUCUAUGAGGGACAUGAUACAUGAAGGAAAUUGAGAUGAUUGAAACGUCUGGCAGAUUAUUUCUGUCACAAAUUCCGUGUGUGUGUCAAGUAUCCACUUCAACCUGCCACUCAUGACUUGUAUGAACGUUCGCUCAGCGCCAUACUUAAAUUUUCCCUCAGACGUGAAGUUGAAAAGUGUCCCCUGUCGUUUUCACUCAAGCUUUCGCACGCUGAGUAGUCGACUUCAACAGCAGUCAUUGUGCUUUUCACAUAUGGUUAAGUUAUUGUAAAUAAGUAGUCAGACACCUUUCUUCUGCGAAAUGACCUUUGCUUAGAAAUAUGCUGGCUUACAUAAAAUGCUAUUUUUACAUCCAAAUCCUUGGCACCUUAAGUGAAAUCUGAAUCUGACAAAACUAAUUUAGUAGCUGGCCGAUUUAACACAUUUUAAAGAAGCCUUUUUGUGGACAGGGGCGUCCGAUAUUUCGUUUUGCCUGUCAGAUUUAGGAACCGUAGCUGCCACUCCUCUUCCCCAACUGACAGCCUGCACUCCAAUAAGCAUGCACUGAUGAGUUGUUUGUGAUGCUCCGCUCUUCCAGGCAUCGCCCCAUCCGUCAUUUCAAAUCAGCCUCCAAUGUACAAACUGACAAGGAGAGUGGGAGUGCAUUCUCUGCAUGGGGAGAACGGUAUCCGACCACCGUUGUUACACUUCCCGCCCCGCUGUAGCAGGCAGCAGACAUGAUUUGAUGAUCUUAAUUCAAAGUUCAAGCUCAGACCAUUGCCCUUCAUCAGCGAGUGCCAAAUGGUCAAUACGUUACAUGAAUAAAAGCUAAUGAGAAAACACAAUGGGGGAACCCGAGGCUCUGACCCCCAUCCCGCCGAGAGGCUUCUUGUAAUAUGCCUCUGUGCUAUAGAAUUUCAGAGGUGAAAAAUCAGAGCUAUUAUCCUGAAGGGGGGAAAAAUAACAUGUUGCCAGCUAGCUACUUUCUGGCUGGUUAACGGUGGAAAGCGUUGCCUAAUGUAAACAUCCAUCAGGAUAACACUCUAACUUAAAGCUUAAUUUGGCUUUUUCAUCAGUGGAUAUGUGUAUAUGCAUACUAAUUGUUUCAUUUAGCCACUGAUUCAAAUUGAAUCUAGAAUUAAAUUAUCCUGAUGACUCAGAGUAACAAACAUACCCAUCUCUAGUGUUUGACUUUAAAGAAGUCAAGUCAGUAGGGGACUGUAUUUCUUAAAUUGCUCCAGCUCCUGUUAAAUCAUGCUUUCACCCCUUCACGGUUCCAGAGAAAAUUGGUGGAUGAAGGGAAGAACUCUGGCUGAACACGUGUAGCAUUUAUUUUAUUGAUGAAAUCUCACCUUGCCGGGUCAGUGAGGAGGAUUCUAAGACGAGGAAAUACAUGGCCUGACAUUUCAGUGGCUUUCACCCCAUUUACCUCUGCUGCCUGUGCUCGCUUUUGUUCAAUUAAGUGGAGGUUACAAAUAUACCUGCUUAUCAGCCUCUUUCAGUUGUCUCAGUGCCAGCCGGCAGUGCCAGAGACAUUAUGGCUCUUUCUGGCUCAUAUUAACUGAAACACCUGCUCAGGCCUUUGUUUGGCAUUAACAGGCCGAGACCAAAUGAUCAAAUAUGACCUUCUACUGACAGUUCAGGAAUUGCACAUCCCAAUAGAGCCGUGGACAAAAGCCAUGUAUGCGAGAAGCUCUGCCAGGUGCGUAAGCUGACGCUCAGUCUCUCAAAGUGUGAACAUUAUUGCUAAUUCUUUUCUCUCUGUGAAAUCCAAGGUCACCAUCUGCUGUCCUCUUUUUCUGUUAAACUGGAUGAAUGGGAGCUGUUAGAGGAGGACCAAUUUGUUUCCAAGACCACAGUGAAGGCUGGUGCUCUGCUUAACGAUUUAAACAUGGAUUUAUUCUAUGAGGUUAUUAAGUCCAAGGCCUGCUUACUCAUCCCCCCUUCUCUCGACAGCCCCACGUCGUGAUUAUUGUUCGGCCUAGCUAUUGACACUCAAUUACCUUGUGAUCUUCCCGGAAUAGAAACCGUUCAAUUUGUAAAUCUGAGUGUUGAAAGAGUGUGCUGCAAACCAAUUGGUUCUGUAAACAGCCCUUGUGUCUCAAUUAUAGUCUGAGAAUGAUGUAUUGUUGUCUCCUCAUCAUCGUUGGCAGAUGAAAGGACUGAAAUAGCUGAUAAUGUAAUAUUAUGUCAUGUUACGUGUCAGCGUGGAUAAGCUAGUCUUACAAUCUAGUGUCCUCGAAGCUUUGCAAUAUAGUAACUCCAUCUUUAACAAUAGUUUUCUUCCACCUCUCACAGUUUUCCUGCUGUAACAUGCUAAAAAAAUUGCCCUCCGUUCUAGUUUGCAUAUUCAACCUUCUUCCAAUAAGGUGUUUUAUGGUUGCCCUUCAGAGGUAAACAAUAAAUUAAGCUUUGCCCUGUUUGCUAGCCCCAUUAGCCACAGUCCAAGCUAGCCUCACUCUCCUAAAGGUCAGCUAAGUAAAUAGUAAAUGGCACAAAUUUGCAUGUAGAAGUUCAACAGAGUUCAAAUAUGGAAAUCUAUGCAUGGAUUUUGUUUGUGAAGACCACUUGUGGUUCCGAUUCCAGUGAAACAAAUUGGGGAGACUACUGAAAAUAAACAAACUGGACAGAUUAUUCUACACAAAACAGUGACAGGCAGGUGUAAGGUGACUGAAACAUUCCAAAUAAGUCAGCAGCAACAUACUUAGUCUUGCAAAUUGUUACAAAUGGUGUCCAAAUGUCCAACGUUGUAACGAGUUGGUGUUCAGAACCAUGGUUUUGUGAAAUGGUGAUGCUAAAUCAGGUCUCUCAUUGUCUUCUAAGGCAAAAAUAUAAUUCUAGGUUUAUAUUUGACUGAGUCUUGUGGGAAUAUAAAAGUAACUGGUCUCUUUCAUGUGCUUCUGCUUGGGCUUGAAUAACACACAGUACUGUAAAAGCUUCCUACCAGCCAGCUUUAUAAAACUUCUACACAGGGGGGGUAAAGUGGAUAUUUAUAUAUGGCCAUCGUUUUACACACUGGAUCAAAACUAUUUUUUGGAUGGCCAUGGACGCGGUCUACAUUAGGAUGACGGAUUGAUUGCUUCAUAUGAACAAAACAUAGUAUAGGUUUUCACUGGAGUAUUUAAGAUGUAUGUAUGGGUGCUUCACAGGAGGCAGAUUUACUUUACCUUUCAGUUCUUCAAUUGGACCAAAACUGUAUCAAAAUGAUUCCCCUACAGGCCCCAGUAUUUGUGUGCAGCAGAAAAGGCCUGGUAGAGCUUGAAAUCAGGUUCUUUGUGUACAUUGCAGCAAAAUCCCAAACUCAAAUCACAGUCUAAUGUCUCCUUGGGGCACCCAUACUUUGUAUGUGCAUAAAACUGCUAGAUAGAGACAAGGAUCGUGUUGCUACCUUAAGAAGAAGACCAGGUCGACCUCCUCUCUGUCUUUGUAUCUAUUUGCUUUUAUUGUUAUUGUUCAGAUUCAUUUCCAUGUCUAUUUUGUGUCUUAUUUCAACCCAGGCGAUGUGAUAACACAACUGUUGCAUUGCCCUGGCAGCCAUUAUUACAUCUCUCUCAGAACGGUCUGUGCUCACACGAGUAACAGGUUUUGCGAAUGUCGGGCUUUGAAUAUUUGUUAUUGUUGCAUUUUUGUGAAAUCUCGCACUGGGCUGGGCCUAAUCAACUGUUUUUAUUGUUGUGUCAAGAGGAACAUUUCUGUACACAAUAUGUGAAAAUGUUUUCGUUUCUCUUGACUAUUAUAAUGGGUUUUAACCUGUGGAAAAAAAAACAAAGGAAAAAGCUCAAAAAGAGAUAAGACCAAAUAAAAUGUAACACUCCUGA